GCACCUCCUAUACCUCAAAAAGGUCUUGGACGGAGGAGGUUGCUUGUGGAGGGCGUAUCAGGCCGUCUGCAACUUGGGGCUUUUCCGCGUGAAGCCAUGGUAUGUAUUCCGGUCCCUUCAAGGAACAGGUGAGGCGCGGAACAGCUGCAGGCGGAGCGGUUACUGUGACGGGAAUGUAUUGGUGUAACGCCCCAAGCGCCUAAUGACUGGUGUAAGAACAAGGGCUGGAAGGGAGGCAGGACUGAGGUGUGUAGGAAACCACGAUUGAAAGAAAGAGAAUGGAGGCUCCUGGUUCGGUACUUGGUCUGACGGGAUUGGAGGAGCUACUUUUGCUUUCAGUGCUUUAGUAAUUUCAGGUCUGAAAACCUAUUAGGCAUUUGUCUGGGUAGUUGUACGACUCUGUCCGCUGAUGUCCUUCGCAUAGGCCUUUAAAGACUAUUGAAUCCAAGUUGGCCUUCCUUGUGUGUGGGGUAAAUACCAAUGCAGGCACUAGCAAAGAGCCUAAGAAAUAAAUGGAUUUUGGAAUGCCAUGCAACUUAAUGGGUCUAUAUUGUAUACCAUUUUACUUUGCAUUUUAAGUAUAUUUUGUCUGAGUUUUUAAGUACAUGAAGUUAAUUGCCUUAUAUAAGCUUUUGAAAAACUUUUACAUUGUUAACAAGAAUCUUUGAUGAAUAUGGUAACCUUUAGACAUAAUGUUUAAAUAAAAUAGUACCUAGAUAGCAUUUGCUGAUCUUAAAAAAAUAAAUAUGUUUAGAUCUGAUCAUUCUUUGUAUAUAGGAGGAUUCCAGAAAAUCCCAGUGCUGUAAAUUAGAUUGGAAAAUCAAACAUUGAAAGAAGGCAUUAGCUAACAAUUUCUGUAUUGUUGAAAGAAAAUGACAAGUUCACAACUCAACUGCAUUUUUUUAAGUACACAAAUAAUUAAAUAAUGGAGAAGAGAGUGCAUCAUUUCAUCAGCAAUAAUUCUUAUUCAAUACCAUUUAUCCUUUAUGUUCCUCUAAAAUUUUUGUUCAGAAUGAAAUUGAUUGCAAGAACUUAUAGUACAUUUCAUCUUAAUUUUGAAUUACAUGCCAAGGGAAGAACUGUAAUAUUUUUGUAUAAGAAUGAUUGGGAUUUAUUGUUUUGAGGACACAUGUUUUCAUCAAUUUGUAAGCUAUCAAGUUUAUGUUCCAUAAUGAUAAGCAGAAAAUAAUUUCCACUACUUAAAAUAAUUUAAUGUAAUAUCAAAUAUUUUUCGGUUAAAUGUUGUAACUUGAAAUAUAAAUAGCACUAGAAAAUAUGAAUUAAUGAUUUCUUUCUUUGUUUAUAGAAAUUAGAUUCCAUUUGGAAUCCAGAUUAAACAGAGAUGUUUUGUCAUUGGUUGACAGUAAGAAGGUUAUGUUUGAAGAAACUACAAUUGCAGGCAAGAGCAUUAUCUGGUGCUGAUGCUAUAAAUGCUCUGCGACCAUUCUAUUUUGCAGUACAUCCAGAUUUUUUUGGUCAGCAUCCCAGAGAAAGGGAAAUCAAUGAAAAUUCUCUGAAAAGAUUAAAUGGGUAUUUGGAGAAUCUUCAAAAACCAGGUUUCAGAUCAUUUAAACCAACUCAGCUCACUUUUUAUGUACGAGAGAGAGAACAAAGCCCUUCCAGUGUCCAAGAACCAUUUGGUGCUGCAGGAUUUCGAACAGUCAGUAUUACUUUGCGCACCAGAGACUUGUUAAGCACAGUGUUAGAUAUCCUGAACUCUUGCAGUUUAUCUACGGAUCAUGUUCAAAGCUUGAAUGGCAGUGCAAAUACUCAGUCUACUCAGGAAACCAAAAGCACGUUUCACAGGCCUAUUAAAUGGGACAAGACAUACUACUCUUUUACUGGAUUCAAGGAUCCUGAGGAAGAACUGGAGCAAGCCCAAAGGAUGGAAACCACCCUGAGUUCCUGGCUAGAUAAUAAUGAAAAAAGUGCCACGAAGAAGCUAAAGGACAGCUUACCACUCAGAAAAGAAUUAGAUCGUUUGAAAAGUGAACUCUGUCAGCAGUUGCAGCUCUCUGAUAUUAGGUGGCAGAGGAGUUGGGGUAUUGCUCAUCGAUGUAGCCAGUUACAUAGUCUAAGUCGCUUAGCACACCAGAGCCCAGAAGCACCUAAGAAUGCUAAAGGACAAACAGUGAUAUUUACAGACCGCUCAGGAAUGAAUGCAACAGGCUAUGUUAUGCUAGGAACAAUGGACGUUCAUCACCAUUGGACCAAAAUUUUUGAGAGGUUGCCAAGUUACUCUACACUUCAAAAAAAAGUGCUGUUUCUAGAGGAGCGCAUUAGCCAACUUUUGGGAGGCAUACAAAUAAUUUAUAUUGAAGAGCUUCAACCAAUGUUGACAAUUGAAGAGUAUUAUUCUAUUCUUGACAACUUUUAUGAUCAAGUACAUAAUAAGAGACUUCCAUUUCACCCUAAUAGUCUGCGUGGAUUGCAAAUGAUUCUAGAAAGUGACAGAUAUGCACCACAUCUUCAUGAACUUGGUCACUUCAUCAUCCCGGUAGUGUGUGAUCUAGUAGCUCUCCAGUGGUUUAUCAUGGACAAAACUCAACAAGCAAGAGAAAAACUGAAAAGAAAGGAAGAGUUCAUACUGCUAGAAAAGAAGCUGAUCAAGGCUACCACUGAGAAAUUUUCUCUUCAACGGCUAUAUAAAGAACCCAGUGUUUCCAGUGCACAAAUGAUUCAUUCAUGCAGCAAGCUACUGGAAGAAUCAUUGCCAUAUUUGCAAGGUAUGCAUCUCUGCAUUUCCCAUUUCUUUUCUGUUCUUCAAGAUGGAGACCUCUGCAUCCCUUGGAACUGGAAAAAUUGAGAGUAAAUGAUACUGUAUUCGAUGUAAAAGAGAACAAAUGUUAUUUAUGCAUUAGUAUAAAUUACUAAAUUGAAUAUUUUCCAAAAUAAAUUAUGAACAAAAAUUCCAUGCCAGGAAUGGAAUGCAAGGCAUAGUAUUUCCCUGGAUUUUUCUCCUGAAUAGUAUUUCCAUGGAUUUUUGUCAGAAUCUUGCAAAGUAUUAUAUAUGCACUUUUUUUUUUUGCAAGACAAUAUUUUUAAAGGGAGAUGAAUCUCUCCACUAAGUUGUAUAUGACUGGGUUUCAAGAUUGUAAUGAAACUAUAUAGUGGGAAAUUAGGUACACAAACUUUGAAUGUAAUCCAAGAAGCACACAGGUGUGAAUCUUACAUGUGAAAAAAUAUAUAUUCCCAUGUAAUACAUGAACAUAUGGUUUUCAGUAUGCACAAAUUGUGUUUGGAGAAGCAUUCGCAGAAUGAAAGAUGGUAAUUGAAAUUAUUCUGUGGUACAAAUGUUCUCCUUGAAAAUAAAUAUUUCUUCAGCACCCUAGUGAUAAAUAUUAUUGAUAUACUGUAUUUAUUUUGCAGAAUUAUUGUACAUCUUGUUUCAGAAAAUUUUAUAAAUGUCUGUUGAAAUGUUUUGUCCAUUAGAUCUUGCACUUUAUAUUUUUUCAUGUAAAUAAAAGUAGUUCUGUAUAUAGUCAGUUCUUUCUGAACAUGAAUUUUAAGCAUUUCUCCUUUUGAUUAAAAUAGUAAUAUGUGCUUCUUUAUGGGCACCUCAGUAAAUAUUCCUGGAUGGGACUUUUAGGUCAGUUUACCUCAUGCCUAUACAGAGUGUAGCCACUGGGCAGUCUAUUAGCCUUGCUGCCAUCCAGUCAUAUAUUUUCACAUCUGAUCCAGGUUGAUUAGCCCUGAGAAGCCUUCUGGGCAGCCCUCAUAUACUUACAUGCUACUUCAUCAGUAAUGUAGACAUAUUUCCUUACAGAAUCCAUAUGCCUGUAUGGUUGAUGUUGUAUAAAAGGUACUUGAACAAAAAUAUUUUAGAACUCAUUAUGGCAGAGGAGAAAGCCAUGUGUGCUAAUUGGGGUCUUUUCCUGCUAGGCAUGCAAGCUAGUGAGGAGGACCACCUUACAUAAAAGUUCCCAGUGUUUGGGACUAGGGUUGGACCUAUGGGAAAAAAUAGCAAGCUGAGCACACAUUUUAUGAUUUUUAGAUAGGUCAUUCUUUCCCAACUGAGUACUGUGUCUUUCAGACACAGACAAUUAACAUCCUAAUUGAGGUUGAUAGAAAUUGUAGGCCACUCAGUUUUGCACUAAGUUGGGAAAUGCUGACAUAUAUGAAUAACUCACAGGUGACCCAAUUAUGGCCCUGCAGAUUUUUGCAUUUCAGCUCCCAUCAACCUCUGCUACCCUAGCCAAUGUACAAAGGUGAUAGGAAUAAACAUCUGCAUUACCUAGAGGCCAUAGAUUGCUCAUUCCUAGAUAGUCAUAUGUAUCAGAUCGAUAGCAAUCUUACCAAUUGAUUUUGCUAGCAUGAAAAGAGAACCAACAGCAAUUGUUUGCUAAGAGAUUGUGACAUGCUUGUUCUUAACUGAGCUUAUGUAUGUCUUACCUAAAGAAGAGAGGCUUUAUUAAAAGUCUGCAAACAAAUUGAAUUUGAAUAGGCCACACUGUUUUGAAUAUUAUUGAAGUAAAAUGUUAAAGUUGUUUUAAUUUUAAUAUUUUCAAUAAUUUCAUAAAAAUGCAUUUUACAAGUUGUUUAAAAUGGAUGAAUAUCUUGAUGCAACCUCUGAAUAAAGACAAAAGAAAGACAGAUGUUAGUAUUAAUUCCUAAAAUGAUGGAGUACAUUUGUCCUAAGUAAAAUCUGUUGAUCUUGCAGAUUCUGAAAAAAACAAUCCUAAACUUUGGAAUACAUCUUUUAUGGUUAUCUGAUGUUAAUAAUCUGAAUCUUUACUGACCUGUGCCAAAAUGUUUAAAUCACUCAUAAUGAGAUAUCUAUGUAUUCUAAAAAUAAAGCAGAAUCUUAAAAUCA